UUUACGAAAAUACGUUCCCACCACUGAAAACCGUUUGUACACUUUAAGUAUGGAAAACUCAAUCAUCCUUACCUAUAGCCUUACCAGGCUACACCCUUUUUCCAUUACCUUUGUGAAAUUCAUCCAACUUUAUAAACUUGUUUUAUUUCCUCAUUCUAGAUCUCUGUUCUUCAUCCGAUAACACAAUCCUUACCAGAUGUCUUUGAGAACUAUCCAAAAGCAAAUACAAUCCUUUUCCAGUAUAAAAAAAAUAACUCAAACCAUGAAGGUAGUGUCCGCGGCAAAAUUAAACAGAGCCGAACGUUUGUUAAGGGAUGUACGUCCUUUUGGUUAUGGCACGCUUUUGUUUUAUAAUCGAUAUACUCAUAUUGAUAUGCUAGAUUAUACUGAAAAUCAUCUUAUAUUUGCCGUGACAUCUGAUCGUGGACUAUGUGGUAGCUUGCAUUCUGGAGUCGUAAAAAAAGUUAAGCAGGAAUUGUCACGACCAGAUCAAAAAGAUGCUAUGGUAGUGUGCAUAGGAAAAAAAUCAGAAUCAAUGAUAGAAAAAACACACAGAAAGAACCUUUUAUUCACAGUUUUAAAUAUUGGAAAACAAAAUCCUACGUUUUUAGAUGCUUCAAAAAUAUAUCAAGAAAGUUCUGAUGUAGAAUACACUGCUUGUCAGAUAUUUUACAACUGCGGUGUUACUAGAGGUACAUCAAAAGUCGAUUGGAUACCCAUUUAUAGUACAGAUAUACUUCUUACGGUAGCACACAUUGCUAACUUAGACGAGUUGGAAGAAGAACAACUGAGAAGUUAUAUUGAAUUUUCUACAAUUUCCUUAUUGUUUUAUGCUAUGGUAGAAAAUGCUACUUGUGAACACUCUGCUCGAGUUGUAGCUAUGGAUGCAGCUACUAAAAGUGUAGAUAAGUUAAGGCAAAGAGCAUCAUUAGAAUUUAAUCGCAAAAGACAAUCGAAAAUUACAACAGAACUGAUUGACAUUGUGUCUGGAUGUCAAGUCAUUACUAGUAAAGAAUAAAGUUUACUACAACAUAAAAUAAGCAUUUACGUUUAACUUACUAUAAUAUAUUAGAAAUUGGAAUUAAUUUUAACUUUUUUUUAUUUUAUUAUCAAUAGAAAUAUGAAGUUUUUAAUAAAUAACCUUCAUUUUAUUUUUUUAAAUUUGAAACUUAUGAAUAAAAAGUAUUUGUUAUAUUUUAUACUUGAUAUUUUUUGUUUAUAUUAGAAGAAUGUGAUAUACCUCAAAGUGGUACCUAAAAGUAAUUUUUCAAAAUAAAUAAUUAGAUCAUUCAAAAUAUUUGGAGCAUAACUACUCUAGAGACUAUAGCGCCUCGGAGCAAGACUAUUUUUUGCGCCCUAUAUUAAAUGUUAUGUAUAGUAACCUAACCAAACCGUACAAAAAUGCCCUACAUUAUAAUGUACCCACGGUAGCUACAUCACUAAAUUAAAGUAGAACUCAUUUUGUAUUAAGGUAAAAUAAAGUAUAUGGCAUCACCAUUUUUUCUCUUAACGUUUUAACAAGAACUUGAGUAUGAGCGUUGUGUGUACUGUAUUAGUACUAAGUGAAUUAUAAUUUAUCGUCAUGGUUUCAAUUAUCUUAAGUAAAAGUUAAGACCAAAAUUUUAAAUAUAUUUACAACUUUUAGACAAGGUGUUAUUAUAUUAAUUUUAUUUUUAGUAAUGUUCUCAAAGAAAAAGAAAAAACCACAAAUAUCUUCACCUACUAAUUUUGAGCACAGA